GACUGAUUAAUGUAGUAACUUAAAAUAAACAACACGAAAGAGAAUUAAAAUAGAGAUCUCAGUAAAGUUGAAUAGAGAAUUCAGCUUUUAAUGGAAGAGAAUUAGAGGUUGAAUUAAUCACUCAAAACAAAGAUGGAAGAAAUAUAAUAAUUAAAAAAUGAAAAUAAUGCUUAAUAAAUGGAAUUGAAUAAAUUUAGAGGAUUAGAUUGUGAGUAGAAGAUUUUGACAGAAAUGAUUCUUGAAAAAACUGGUGAUUGUGAUAAGCACAAAAGAAAAUUAUUAAAAGCUGAAAAAACAAUAGCUGAGUUAGAAUAAGAAAUUAGUAAGUUAAAGCUUGAAAAGGAUUAGCAUACUAAAUAAAUGCUUGAAAGCUAAACUUAAAAUAUAUAUUUAGACUAAGAAAGGUUAAAAUAAAUAGAUGAAUUGAAAACCAAAGUUAGAAAAUGUAAUUAGGGUUCCAACGAUUAAGUUGAUCAAUUGAAAUUUGAAAUAAACAAAUCUCAAUUAGAAAAUGAUUCUUUAAAAGUUUAAUUAAAGUAACUAUAGGAUGAAAAUGUAGUAAUUUUUAUAUUCUUAGGCCUCUAUAAAAAGACAUUUAGGUUGCUUGAGUGGUUAUAUUAUAGAAAAUGAACAAUUAAGAAAAGAAAAUGAAAGUUUGAAUUAAAAUUAUUAAGUCUUAUUAGCGAAGUAAUGA